AGAGAUAUUGAGGGUGGACUGUUUCUUCUCCCUCUUCUUUCUCUCUAUAAAUACGGUCCCUCUCCCCUCUCCUUCUUCACGCUCACACGCAACUCUUCACUUCUCCUGCCUUUAUCCCUACCGAAUCAUCCUCUCUUCUUCCCAAGACCUUUACUCUCGCUCACCAUGAAGAAGACAAUCUCCAAGGUUUCCAAGAUCUUCAACGGCGGCAAGAAAUCCAAGGAGGACGAGAAUGUUUCCUCCAUCACUCCUGCGCAAUUGGGGGAGAAGAGGGGAGUCAUUCCUCCUGAUUAUGGCGUCCAGGAAGCCACGGGUACUACUUUGGAGCGCAAUCCUGACAUCUCCCGCCGACUGGUCGCCCACUACGACUCGGUUAGGAUGGGAUGCCGCUUCCCUCUCCAUCCCCUCUUGGUCGAACUUUGCAACCGCUACGCCAUACCUCCCGGUCAGAUUUCCUCAAACUCCCACGAGAGUCUUUUUGGCUUCUUGGCGCGGUGUCACAAGAGAGGCAUCCAACCCACUCUGAAGCUCUUCCUCUCUUUCUUCCGUCCCCACAACUCGGUUGACAAACUUGACGAUUGGUUCCGCCGCUUCUUCGUGGUGUUAGUUCCCGAAGAUCUUCCCUUCCCCAACAUGUGGCGGAAGAAGGAAGAUAAGUUCCCUUCUCACCUUUUUCCCCCUCGCGACUCGGAGCUCGAGGGGGUCUUCCGUCUUCUUCGCAAGAACGGCUAUCCAGUCCCCCGCGCGCUCCUCCUCAAGGACUCGUAUUUUUGGGGUCUCGGAUUCUGGGUGUCUCCCGAUAUUCCUCCUCAAGAGCCGUCGGGAGACACAACUUCCUCUUGGGUUCCUCCUUUCAGAAGCACUCGACUCCGUCGGCGAUCUUCUCGAAGGGAUCCUUCCCCGGAGGAGGACACCGAGGGCGAGGAAGUAGAGUCCGCGACGGGGGCCCUAUCUCUGGUGCUUGCCCACCAACCUCCCCUUUCGGAAGAGGUGGUGGUUGAGGACGUCUCCGAAGAUGAUGGCCUCUACGACUUCCCUCCGGGGACCCUGAGGGUGUCCGGCCUUAUCCCCGGCGUUCCUCACACUCCUCUCUUUGGCAGGGGAACUUCUUCUUCGGCUCAACCCAUGGGCCCACUAGGUUUCCACCCCCAAACCAGUGGACCCCUUCCGACAGGGCGCGCCACUGGUUCGCAAGGGUCCCUUGAGCCGCCUCACGUUCAGGUGGCCGGGAUUGGGAUUCCGUGUAGCACGGAAUCUCCUUGGGAAUAUUCCCCCUCCUCUGGCUGUGGGGGGGACGAAGCAAUUUCCCAACCCCAAACAUCUAAUAUCCUUAAUUUUGCAAAUUCUGCGGCGGAGAAUAUUUUUGGGACUCUCUUUGGUCAUGGCGCUGUCCCUCUCCCCGGAACAAAUAUCCAUCAAUCUUUUUUGGAGACGGAGGAGUUAAUUCGGUCCUCCAGUUUUGGGAAGGCCACUGUCCCCUCCUCCAUCCGUCCCACUGCCAUCCCCGGUCCAACAAUUCAGGAGACCGGGUCCUCCUCUUCUUCUCAGGUCCGCCACAAGAGGGGCCGGAACUCCACCCCUCUCCCCGGUUCUCUGGUGUCCGCCGGUCCUCCCAUGGGGACCGCCGAUGAUGGGUUUCUCAUUGGGCAAGGGGGUCAACCCUUUCCCUAUGCCCGGAAGGCCUAUCAAUUCACAGGAUACACGUCCUGGGUAGGACGGGACUUCAACAACAAGCUUCAAGAAAUACAACAGCUCAAGAGGGACCAUCCUGAUGUGGUCCACAGCCCGGCCUGGCCUUUUAUGCAAGAGGAGUACACUCGUAUGGCCGAUUAUGUUGCCACUUCCUCUGCUCAGCGCCAUUCCCUUCGCUUAUUGGAUCGCAAUGCUGCUUUAUCAAAGGAGCUGAGGGAUUUCAAAUCUCGGCACUCUAUUUGCGUUGAGCGUCCGGAAUAUGAUCGGGUUUUGUCNAAGGAGAUAGAAUUCCUGAGGAGGGACUUGGAGCGGCAGGUCAGAGAGCGUGAAUUGCAAGUUCGAGAGGAGGCAGAGCUUCACCGAAGGAGAUCAGAGGAAGAGCUGGAGCGAACGUGGCGUCGUCGAUCCGAGGAGGAAGCGAGGAAGGCGGCGGAAGAGGUCGAGCAGAGGUGGCGCCUCCAACAUGAAGAAACGGAACGUCAACUUUCUCAACGGGUCAACGAGCUAAACCUGACCCUUAUGGAGGAGAGGCGUUCAGCUCGGAGUUCCCUUGAUGAGGCCCGCCGCUCGCUCGAGAACGAGCGUCUCACAUAUGAGGGACAUAUGGCUCGGAUGGAGGCUGAUCGCAUUUCAGACUAUGGCCGGGGUUUCUAUCGUGGAGGUUUGGAGGUCCAAGAACAAUUUUAUCGUGGACUGGAGCCUUACUCUGAUGGACUAGAUCCUUGGCUGAAGUUUCCAGGGGUCCCAAAACCCAUGGGACCAGAGCCUUCUUUCCUUCGUUCUUCUCCCUCGCCUUGAAUUUUCAAGUCACUAUUGUACUUUGUUUAGGAACGGUCCUCAUGUGCAUUUGUAUUAAUUUUUUUUACUUAUCUCAUGGACCGGAACAAUUGAUGAUGAAUGGGAAAUUUCUUCUUCAUAUUAAGCACAGUACAAUCCAUUCUUUUUGAACAAAAGGGAAAAAGAAAACUUUGAAAAAGAG